AUGCCCACAGCUACAGCAUCCACUUCUAGCGCCUCGACACGCCAUCUACGUUUUCGCGGCCACACCAACUUUCGUCAGCGUCUGAUUUUAUCAUGUUUGACGGGUCGACCGGUGCGCAUAGACGCUAUCCGUCCCGACGACACCGAGCCAGGCAUCCAAGAUUUCGAAGCUGGAUUCUUGAGGCUGAUAGAAAAGAUGACGAACGGAACAGUGGUGGAGAUCGGCUACACCGGUACCUCUGUCUCUCUUCGACCUGGCACCAUUUCGGGAGGAGAUGUGACGCAUGACUGUGGCGUUUCCAGAAGUGUGGGCUACUACUUGGAAUGGAUCGCUGUGCUCGCGCCCUUUGCUAAAAAGGAGGUGCGCUUGACGCUCAAGGGCAUCACUACGGGAACAGGAGACGCAGGUGUGCGUGCGGUCGCACAAUAAGCUCAGCGCUGUUAGUCAGCCAUCGCAUGCAUCACCACAGGCUAAUCAUACCCUUUCGCUCCCGCAGGUCGACAUUCUGCGCACAGUCACUCUACCGCUGCUCUCGCAAUUCUUGCCGGAAGGUACAGCAUUCGCGUCGCCCUUGGAGCUGCGCGUAAUUUCGAGAGGAAUGGCCCCGGGUGGAGGGGGUGCCGUACAAUUCAGAUCGCCGCUCUUGCCAACUACGAGCGGACUGAGAGCGCUGAACUUCAACGCUACUGGGAGAGUCAGGCGGAUACGCGGCGUAGCUAGCGCGGUGCGAGUCAGCCCAAACAUGGCGAGCAGGCUGGUGGAUAGCUCAAGAGGUGUGCUGGGCAGGUAUAUUCCUGAUCUGUACAUAUUUGCAGAUGUAUUUAGGGGAGAGGAGGCUGGACGGUGAGUGACUGCUGCACAUGAAGCUGCGUCGCAUACAGCGUAGCAUGUGCACUUACAUCAACCGCGUCCUCCUCCGCAUCCCGUGCAGCUCGCCGGGAUUUGCACUGUCACUAGUAUCGACGUCCACGACGGGUGCGCUUCAAUGCGCAGAAGUUUUGUCGACGCCAGGCACGCCACCUGAAGAAGUGGCUGAGAAAGCCUCUCGCAGUCUCUUGAGCGAGAUAGCAUCUGGCGGCUGCGUGGGCCGACAGCACCAAGCCCACGCUUUGCUGCUCAUGGCUUGCGGUCCCGAAGACGUGUCCAAGAUUAGGUUGGGCGCUCUCACACCCACAGCUAUACAGAUGUUGAGGGAUAUCAAGGAAUUUACAAGCGUCGUCUUCAAAAUUGCAAGCGCGAACUCUGCUGGUGGACCUGCUGUGGAGCGGCCAAGCAAGGCGCAGGGUCAGACAGGGUCGGACAGCGAAGAGGAGGAAGAGCUGGAGGAAGAAGACAUUCAGACUGCACGGAUACAGCCUCAAGAGCUGAUUCUGACGUGCGUGGGUGUGGGCAUUCGCGGAGCACGCAAAGCGGCUUAG